AUGAACAACCAGUCUCUUCAAGUCGCAACCCUGCUGAACCCAGAUGACGGUCAAUCGAGAAACUCGAUACCAAACACACCAACGUCGAACAGACUCUCUCAACACCAACAGCAGUCAAGUACAAUCUUGCCCUCGAUCAAUCAAACCUUCGAUGCAGGCAACCGUGGAAGUGUGGACUACCAUCAAUCUUUCGACUCGCGCAGAAGUAGCAUUGACAGCCGUGUCCAUAACGGUAUCUCUAACCUAGGCCUCAACAAUCCCACGUCUCCCUAUGAAAGUCAGAAUGGCUCUCAAGUCUCGUUGGCUGCCAGUCUUCGCCGACCAAACAACUCAGGUCCCAUGUCGCCCAUGAGCGGUCGUGGUAGCAUUCGCAGUCAAGGUCCAAGAGUUGCCCCUCCGAUCGUUGGUGCCUCUCGAGUCCCAGGCGGUCCUGACCCAUUGGCUUCCAAGCCGACACCUGGCCAUGCCUGGGCCUUUCCUGAUGACUCUAUCGCCGAAGAAUCAAGGCGCGAAUCAAGUAGCGACGACUCUCAUCGUCACAGCAUUUCUCGAACCAACAGCUACGCUGCAUCUUCUGUUAGAAGCAGCAUCUUCUCUCAGGGUGAAGGCCUUCCUUAUGGUCAGAGGCGAUUUGAAGACGACGCACCGACCCACCACCACCACAGCAUGAGCCAGCACAGGGUGUCUGCUCUCCAAAACGAGGCCAACCUCUCGGGUGGUGGAAAUUACAGUCGCACACCCGAGUUGCGAAUCAGCCACAAGCUUGCAGAGCGCAAGCGCCGCAGCGAGAUGAAGGAUCUGUUCGAAGAGCUUAACAGAGUUGUCCCAACCAACGGCGGCGCAAAGGCCAGCAAAUGGGAGAUCUUGACUAAGGGUGAGUUCAGCUGGACAAACCUCUUCUUGAGAGUUACUAACGUAUGGCANGCGAUCGAGUAUAUCAAGAACACUCAGGCCCAGGAAGGUAGACUGGUGAACGAGGUCAAUCGCCUUCGUGAUGCUUCGGAUUAUGCUCGCGAGGCUCAACAGACCAUUGACAAUCUUCAAACCGAAAUCGCCGUCAUGCAAGAACGUCUUAGGUUGGUGGAGCCUGGUCAUCCACACAUCUACGGUGCAUGUACGUCGAAGAUGUCACAGGCCCACGCUCAAGCCCAAGCCAAUGGACAGCCUCGCCAAUUUCCCCUGCCAGCCAUGAACGCUGUUCCUCCACCUCCGCAACACUACAACGCAUCCAGUACUGCCCCCCAAGGAAUGCAGGGCGUAGAGUACGGCAAUGCUCCCAGACAUCACUAG